GAAAAAAGAAAUAUUGACCCCGCAGUAAAUGCUAUAUUCGAAGAAAAUGGCGGCGCAAUUCGUUCAGAGAGCUAAAGAAAUUAUUUUAUCAUGCGGUAGAAUUGUACUUGGUGAUCAAAGUAGGAAUGUUUUGGACGACUCUCUCCUUACCCUUAAUUCGUUGUUGCUAAAUGUUAGGAGAAUGUGCACCGAACAUCCGAGGAUGGAAGAACUUGCUAACAUCAUUGUCCGUAUGAUUGAAUCCAUAGAGCAACAUAAGAAUUCCUCGUUUCCAUCGGUCAGGUUCUUUUCUGCCAAUCAACAGAGGACAAGAGGUCGUCCUGUGUAUGUAAUUUCUCGAGAACAGCUGGAAUUCUUCAUUGAAGCUGGCUUUACAAGACGACAAAUGGCAGAUCUUCUGCAUGUGUCUGACUCAUCGGUCAAGCGAAGGCUUAGAUCCUUUGGUCUAAAGCUGAGGCAGACAUACUCGGUGCUGUCAAAUAAUGCAUUAGAUGAUCUUGUACGAGAAGUGACCCAAGGGAACCCGUCCCUUGGUCAGAGAAUGGUUCAAGGCCUGCUGCAGAGCCGAGGACAUAGAGUUCAGAGGCAGAGAGUUGCUGACAGCCUAAUACGAGUUGAUGCCGCAGCAGUGGCUUUGAGAUGGUGUCAUUCCAUAAGACGACGGGUCUACAAGGUUGCAGCACCAAAUUCAUUGUGGCAUAUUGAUGGAAACCACAAGUUAAUCAGGGAUGUUUCUCAACCAGAAGACGAAUAUGGAGACACUGAGGUACCUGAAAUAAGAACGUCAACAAGUUCAGGACCUGUGACAACAUCUGAAGAACUCACGCAGAUGCUGCGCGAGCAAGCGAGGACAUGCAUCAGACAGACAGAUGAAGAUCCACUGACACUGGAGGUUCGCAGGAAUUUUGUGCUGCGGGAUGCUCUCCAGUAUAUAAGAGUUUCACAGGAGGACCUACACAGCCCCCUGCACAUCCGCUACCUGGAAGAACAAGGCAUCGACCUGGGAGGGUUGAGAAGAGAAUUUUGGACACUUUUUCUGUACCAGGUGUCUCAUUCGACAUUUAUAACUGGACGACCGGGACGUCUGGCCUUCCAGAAGAAUUUCAUUGAACAACGUAAGCGGACAUUCUACUAUCUUGGGCAGUUAGUAGCACUGUCCGUCUUACAGGACGGUCCCGGUCUGCCGAUUUUCUCGGAUAUAGUGACCGACUACAUCCUGGACCGUGACCGUAGUGUAGUGAGCGAGGGGGAUCUGCCAGAGCACCUUGCUCAGCUGAUAGAACAGAUGAAGGAGGCCAAUAGUGACGCUGCAGCACAAACACUCUUCCAACAGAUGUUUGAUGAAGCUUGUACUGCUGGGUUUCUAAUCCCAUCCACCAGCUUCAACAAGAGCUUCAUACCAGCCCUGGUUGGUGCCCUAGUCAAUAACCUGGUUGAGAGCAGUCGGGUUGAGCUUGACCAGUUUGUCGAUGGACUGAAGACUCAUCAGGUCCUUGAGUUGCUGCGUUUGAGGCCUGAUGAUAGCUACUGCAUAUUCAGCGGCCGAACAAAACCGGUGACUGUAGAAGCAGUUCGCUUGCUUUUGCAUUUCCGAUAUCGGACUGGGAAUCAUGCAGAAACUGAUCAGCAGACAGCUCAAGGUUUUCUGACGUUCCUCCGAGCUACCAAAGGAUCAACUGCAUCUGUCAACGGGGUUAAGCUACAGCCGAAUGACGUGCUGAUGUGGCUGACGGGAUCAGCGACAAUGCCGGCAGUGGGCUUCCAUAAAGUUAUUGAUGUGGAAUUUGGGGACACGCUUCGGGUUAACACAUGUGCCCUGGUGUUGACGCUGGCUGAAGUGCCACGCGAAGUUGAAGAUGUUGUGCAACAUUACUCCGAACUGCUCAUCAAUAGCCAGACAUUUCAAGCGGAAUAAUUUCCCAAGAUAGUUUAAUACAUCAUGACUCAUUAGGAAAUUGUGUUAUAUUCCUUUUCAUGGGUAUAUAUGGAACGGUAUUUCGGUAAAAAUCAUUCGUGGUGAAUAUUUACAUUAUGACUGAUGUUAAUUCUAAUAUGCUUCAUGACAAUUCCAAACAUGCCGGUUGUCUAUUCGUUUAUACUUUAUGAUUGUGGCAUCAUUGAUGGUGAAUAUAUACAUUAUUCCUGA